CAAUAGUAUAAUCCUAGAAAUUUUCCAAUUGCGCGAUGACAGAUCCUGGAGCAGAACCCGCCGCUUGAAACGUUUCCGAUCAGUUGUAGAAACCGAAAAAGGAAAAAAGAUCAUCCUAAAGUCGCACCAAUGGCAAAAUCCUCAGAGGGAGCGGGUGGCUUGAAACAUCUCCUAUCAGAUACGGAAUCUGUUCAGACUGAAAAGAGAUAUCUUUCGCACACGCAUGACAAGUACGUAUUGAUCUCUGUUGUUUUCGAUGACAACCUAUGGAAGAGCUUUUGGUUCAGGGCACAUCUUUCACAUCAGAAAGAUGUGUCUUUAAAGGAGCUUCGAAAUUCUCUUAGCGAUGGUAUACUUCUGCAGCCCAUUAAAACACUUGAUUAUGCAAGAGAGUCUGGAACUGCAUUGACCGGCUCUACUGUUUAUAUAAUUGGGGGCCAAACCGAUUUCAAUCCAGUCGAAGUAAUAUAUGCGUCUGAUCCAGAUUCCCCAGAUUCUGAUGAAGACGAGGGUUUUAUAGCUUUCACAGAUAGAUGGGAAAAACUUAUAGAAGCGCGGGAAGCCUCAAUAAAAGGAAGUGAUUUUAUGCACAAAAAAGUUGAGGCUUUCGAUGCAAUGACCGGCGACCCUUCCAUCAUUCCUAACAUGAACAGAGAAAGAAAAUCCUGUGCUGCUGUCUCUUUUAGAGGAAAGAUUUAUGCAUUUGGCGGAAUACAUCCAGGUCCGUUAGCCCCUUCACAACAACUUGAUGUAAGAUAUUGGGGCGAGGUAUAUGAUCCAGAUACUUUUGGAUGGAAAUUUAUCAGUGCCCCACCCUCAGAUUUGCUAACUGAUGGUCCUUUGUUUGCUGUGCCUCUAGAAGACAGGGGUUGCAUUUUGUUGUUCAAUUACAGCUUCUUCAGCUUCCGCUGUCGGUACUAUCCUGCUACUGACUCUUGGGUUGGUGAGUACAGUUUGGAUGAUAUGAUUGAUGAGUACAGUUUAGAUGAAAGCAGCACAAUGAUGACAAAGGGCGGAAAGGGCACAACAAUUGGUGACUGGUUAUUGAAUGAAAGUUCACUAAACUUCACAAGGGAAAUCAUCGAGUCCCCAAGCUUCAUAAGCUAUAAGGAUAAACAUCGAAAGUGGGAAUGCUUACCUGAUAUGCGAAAUUGCCUGGUUUAUAAUAACAUCGUGUAUUGGUACAACAACUAUUGCGGGGAUAUUUAUGCAUAUGAUCCAUCCAAUUCAGAGUUGCUAUCAGCACAUAUUUUGUGUGAUGAGGUGGACAUUAUACCUAGCACGGAUAGGAGAAAUUUCACUUCAGGUCUCCCGAUUCUGGUCCAUUUAGAUGGUCCUCUGUUCUCUUUGGUCUGUCUGGAGGCAGAUAAACUCUACUUCACCAAGUUUACUGUCUUAAAAGAUAAAGAUACAGAAGGCCAAGAUAUCCUCAAAGCUACCUAUGUGUCUUUCCAGUUUUUCCGCAUCGAUGGUCCUGCUGGACUUAUAGAAGCCAUCGCAAUAUAAGCACAUCCAGCCCAUCUUCUUACCUCACACCUUCAGAUUGCACUAUUAUCUUAAACUUUUUAUAAUCAACAAAACAUGUGAUCUGGAGGAGAUCGAGUGAGUAUUUGGAGGCUCUUCAAACUUAUUAUUAUUUUAGUAAUCCCCGAAAAAGCUUGAAACUCUAGUUAUACAGUUUUAAAUAUAUUUAUAUGGAAAUGCUUUUGUAAUACUAAAUUUGCUCUGUCUAUGUGUUAUGUGUUACAUGCUUGCAGGUUUUACUCCAA